CUGCUGACAGCGUGUAGCAAAAUACAUAACCUUUACGCUCCGUUUUGUUCUUAUAAACGAAAGGUCUCAGUUAAUUGUAAAAGUGUUCUUUAGUGCAAUAAAUCAAAACAUGAUUCGUUUUGCAGCCAAACACUUGUUUAUCAACAGACAUUUUAGUACGAAAUUUAAUGAAAUCAGCAAUCUUGUUAAGAAAAAUAAAGUAGUCAUCUUUAUGAAAGGCAUUCCAGAAGAGCCAAGAUGUGGAUUCAGCAAUGCGGUAGUUCAAGUAUUACGUAUGCACGGCGUUACUUAUGAUGCUCAUGAUGUUCUCAAGGAUGAAGAACUUAGACAAGGUAUAAAAGACUUUUCUAAUUGGCCUACAAUACCCCAAGUAUUUAUAAAUGGUGAUUUUGUGGGUGGCUGUGACAUACUCUUAGAAAUGCAUAAAAAUGGAGAGCUUAUUGAGGAAUUGAAGAAAGCUGGAAUUACUAGUGCUCUUUUGGAAAAAGAAGAAUCCUCUCAAAGUGGUGUCAACAAAUCUAAAGAAUAAUUUUUUUCAAAUUAUCCUGUAAAUAAACAACCGUAUCUUGUACGGAUAGAAAGAUAGUUGCUUUUUGUUAUAAUAAACAUU